AACCCUGGUACCCCGAUGCAUCCAACUUGACGUCUCUUUCACUGCACUGCUCAAGUGAACCUGUAACAACUAUGGCCCGCCACCCAUCCUUAUUAUCAUCUUGCACACCUAGUAAAGUUUCCGCGGCAGAGGUUACAAUCGGUCAUGUCCAACUGCGUGAUCUCGUCAUUUGCCCACAGGAACCAGGUGUUCUCAACUAUGUACAGAACUCCUCUAUCGUAGAACACGAUCUCUACGCGCCAGACUCGUCCCCGCGGACAAUUGCAGAUCUGACAUUCACUCCAAACACUCUGGCAUCCCUCCAUGUGCCCGGAACGGACAAGAUCCUGCUGGCUGCUGGUGGCCAGGAUGCGGAAAUUCACCUUUCACUCCACAACCGAUCCUCGCGAUGCGAACGGCGAGACGACCAUUCAUCAAGACUACGUUGUAAUUAUCAUAUCUGGAAGUACUUUAUAAAACUUUCUGGGUCGAUUAACAACUCUGUCCUGCUGAGCUCUCUCAGCUUAACGAGGUCCAAUGAAAGCAGCGUUGAGCCCAGACUUGCCGUCAGUAACAACGACUGGAAGGUCAAGUUUUACGACAUUCCUAUCCGCGAAGACUCUGCGCCGAAAGAGAUGCGGCCUUGUGGCCUGUUGAAGCUAGAAGAGCCGGUUAAUCAUUCAUCUAUAUCUCCUGAUGGGAGAACUCUCCUGUCCGUCGGGGAUUCGCCCCGGAUUUAUUUGCACCAGCUUACAGGUGGUGCACGCAUCACCUUCAAUCCCAUCGUCACUCUCAAUGUCCCACCCCCCGACACACGGCUGUAUUCGGCAUCACUUGCAGCCUCUUUUUCAACAGCGUUCUCCGCAGACGGAAUGAAGUUCGCUGUUGCAUCUCAAGAGGGCGUAGUCGCCGUCUGGGACGUACGAAGCACGAAGCCUAUGAAAGUCAUACAAACUGACAAAACACGGUCGCCAACCGGACAGCAUGGGAAUGGCGAGUCAAGUAGUUGGCUUAGCGACGACCCAAAUGACUGGACGAGGGGAGGUUCAAGAGCCCCCGGGUGGGGGGCCCGAAAUGUCAAGUUCGGCUCGGGUGGCACAAAUGGUCGCCCGGGGAAAGAGUUGAUGACGUUCACAGAGCACACAAAUCUUCUGCAUGUGUUCGAUGCGCGAACCUUCGAACAGGAAGAAACCGUCCGUGUUCCUGGGGUUUCCAGGCGGAAAACAGUGUCACCUCGGUUACUGUUCAGUCCCUCUGCUUACUUGGAUCCGAGACCGCAACGGCGCCCUAUGCCGUCUCCACACAUGACACGUGCAGUGGGCGAAUUUUUCGGAGGGGUCUUUCCGGACAAUGAUCCCAUUCCCUCGUGGCGCCCCCCACGACGCGAGUUCCGUCGUGGAGAUGGAAUGGAGGAUGAACAUGACCACAGCGUUUUCCCCGUAAUCCGCGGCCGCCAUAACACACGGACUCAUAUUAUGGAGAGGAUUUCACCGCCUGGUGGUUGGAGAGUCGAUGGACAUGAGCUCAGAUAUAGUGAUGGCGACGUCGCUCCGGAGGACGUUGAGAUGGACGUGGACGAGAUGGAGGGGGACUGCAUUUCUUCACGUGGACCAUCGCGAUCAUCUUCACCCCCUCCAUCGAUUCAUCUUCCGGUCCAGCCUUCUCCCUCCCCGACACGUAGCACUACGGGUGGUCGUCAUACGAGUUCACGACCUUCUUCCCAUCCUCGUCGCAGGACCAUCACCCGAGAGGAUGCCAUUUUCGAUCCAACCCCAACACAGGAUUAUGACUAUGACAUCGCAGGGACAUGCUUCGACCCGGAUGGUGGGUUUAUCUAUGUGGCUGCUACGGACAGUGUAUCAGAAUGGGCAGUAAGGGGGGCAAACAAGCGGUGGUGGGGCGGUUCAGAGUGGAUCUGAGCUGUGCAUUCAAGCGAUAUUUCGGUUUCAUUGUGCUUUCGUGUUAUUGCAGGACAUUUCUCAUCGACACCUUCCGCCAGGAUUCCACAAGUCAAUUCGUUCUGUACUUUUACAUACAUGCAUAUCCUAAAUUUUGCGCGUUGUAGCUCAUUUCACUGCAGUUGCCUUAUCUUGAGGUGAUUUGGUUGCCCCCUUCUUGCAAUGAUUGAGAUCUGAUGGGUCCG